UGGAAAAUGGAGAAUGGAAAUGGAGUUAUCGGCAUCGGUUGUGUGAUGAUAGGCAGCCAUGAUAAUAUUGUGAAAGUGAUAAAAUUAAUUUACCGUCCCGAUGGUGACCCAUCAAGGACUCUUUCGACUUAGUAGUAACUGCCUGAUUGUUAACUACAAAAGAAGGAGAAUUUUGCGGCUCAGUGAGGAGGCUUCAAGACUAAUUGAAGCUUUCGAAGUUGUCUUCAUGAAACUAUGAACCUGGAUUCGUUGUCUUUUGCCUUGUCACAAAUCAAUUAUUUGGUUGCAAAUUUAACGAAGAAAAAUUACAAAUCAAGUGUUCAAGAACUAUCUUGUUUGAUAGCCUUGCACGGUGAGGAGGCGGAUCGACAUCUGUUGCGUAGUCUCUUAUCUUACGUAGAAGUUGGACCUGACAAGGGAAGUCUGCAAAUCCAGCUGCUGCAGCAAGAGUGUGUUUCACUGCUUUCAAAAGCUCAAGUGGUCACCAACUUUUGCCACGCAUUCGAGUGCACAGCGCAACUGCAUAAAAGCAAUAAGACGCCCCAGCAGCUGCUGUUGCUGUUGAGCCGAGUGCUGCGCUGCACCCCUGUCCAAGAAAUUGCGCUUGGCCUAUCCCUCCUGCAUUCUCUAAGCGCCGACACCAAAAGUCAGGCCUUGGGGUAUCUUCAGCAGAAAUUACCAGAGUUUCUGCGAACUGACACAGAAAAAGAUAACAAAGCUCCAAGUGGCGACUCAAUAAGUACAGAAGAACUUCAUUUUGUCCUUGCCAACACAACGUUCGGCAAUUGCUUUGGCGCUUCUUCGGAAUCCUUUGAUAUCUUCCUGGAACAUCUGUGCAAGAAUUUUAGACAAGAAACUGUACCAGAAAUUCUUUCAAUAUUCUUGUACAAACAAGCCCUUAACAUAUCCAUUGAUAUGCCAAUAGAUCCAUCUGUCAAAAUGAUGGACAACUCGUUAGCAGAACUGAUAGUAGAGCUUGGCUAUGGCUGUUGUGCCUCCGUUGCGGAAUGCCGAAGGCAACUGUCCAGCCUCGGAAGGGAAAUCACUCCAUCAGCCAUUGCCAGGGUCCUGGGUGCCAUGGUGCGCACUCACAGUGGACUAGACAAAACAGCCAAUUUCUAUGCAGACAAAGAGAAGCCCGAAUCGAUUCCAGUGACUUGGAAUGUGGAUAUCUUUGUCCAGGCUAUCAAGGAAAUGGCGCCCAACUUGAGAUGGGACGAUGUGGUUAGAGAACUUGACCACCAAGACUUUGUUCUGAAGGACAGGCAGGGCCUGACCCUUCUGAUGACUGCACUCAGAUUGGGCCUGCAGGUCCAGGGUUUCCAUCCAGAUUUAUUCCCCGUAGAGCACAUAUAUAGAGCAUGGGAGAAUGCAGAUGGACAACUUUCGCUAGUGCAACAAAUACUGAAGAAUCCAGACGUAUUCAGCUUUGCUGACUACACCUUCCGUCCAGUGGCUGUUGACACCUUGAAGGUGCCUCCAGACUCUGACAAUAAGGAUGUGAACACCUGGCGCUCCUUGGAUCUGAUUGAGACUUUGUUGUAUCUUUGUGAUCGUGGACUUUUGUCCCAAGUCAUGGAAAUUUUGAAGCCGGUAGUGAGUCAAUACCCGGACAUCCUAGCACUCGGACUGCUGCAAGCCAGCACCCAGAGCGCACAGAAAAACUCUAAGCAGCUGCGCAAAGACUUCCUUUCUGCAUUGUUACCUACAUUCCUAGGCAAUCACCCCAACUCGGCAAUCAUCCUACAUCAUGCCUGGCAUGCUCAGAACAACGCCUUUCAGCCUGUGGUAAUGGCAGCAAUGGCUGACUGGUACAUCAGAGGUGAUAGCGAUCAAACAAGACUUACUAGAAUUCUUGAUGUUGCACAAGACUUGAAAGGCCUUUCAAUGCUGCUGGCAGAACAAACUUACCCUUUUGUGAUUGACUUAGCAUGUCUAGCUUCCAGACGAGGCUUCCUGAAGCUCGACAAAUGGCUAAAUGACAAGAUGCUUCAGCAGGGAGAACCAUUCAUUUCUGCCUGUGUGAAAUUCCUCCAGAGACGCAGCCCGCACAUCAUUGGCGGUAUUGGGAAAGAGGACACAGUUGCCAAGGCUGCUCAACUUCCUCAGGAGCAGCUCACUCAGAUAAUCUUAUGUUUACAGAAUUACGAAAAGAGUGUUUCCCACGACUUGGCUGAGGCUAUCAGUUCUACAGUUAACAACUGCAAGAUACUUCUUAGCAACCUUCGUCAACCCAUCCCUGGUACCAUUAGAUCACGACACAGUAUUGAUGGCACUUUCAACCCUUCCAGCAUCAAUGCACAGUUGUUCACAACUUCCCAAGUUGACAAUUUGGCCAGUAUUGGAUCUAGUUUGAGCAGCCUGUCGUUAGGAGGCAGUGUAAGUGGUGCCUUGGGAGGGCACUCGACAUCUGCCUUCAAUCUACCAGGCUCCCCUGGGCCAUUGGUGUCGACAAACCUUGGUCCUCUACUGUCAUCGACACUUGCCUCUCAAGUAACAACGCCGGCCUCUCCAUCAAGGAUUAUUGGUGCUGGUGUUGCAUCGACUAGUCCGUUUAACCCAAUGCUGCCCCUAGGCUCUCAGUUGCAUACUGGGGGGCCUGUUGGUUCGCAGUUGACUUCUGCCACCUCUCAAGCCUUAGGACAGGCACCCUUGAAUCCAAUCGGUGGAUUGCCUAGAUCAGAAUCUCAGCCUGAAAAAGGCGAGUCUAUGAUUUUCCCUGAAAAUUCAAACAUGCUGUCCAAAGAAGUUGAAGAGGAAGCUAACAGCUACUUCAAGAGAAUUUACAAUCAUCCUCCACAUCCUACCCUAUCAAUUGACGAGACUUUGGAUAUGCUCAAAAAGUUCCAAACCUCAACAAACCAAAGAGAAAAAGAUGUUUUCUCAUGCAUGCUGCGCAACCUAUUUGAAGAAUACAAGUUCUUCCCACAGUAUCCAGACAAAGAGCUUUACAUUACAGCUCAAUUGUUUGGAGGAAUUAUUGAAAGAGGACUUGUCAGUAGCUACAUGGCUCUUGGAUACGCAUUGAGAUUUGUCCUAGAUGCCUUAAAACAACCAUAUCAAUCCAAAAUGUACAACUUUGGCAUCACUGCCUUGGAUCGAUUCAAAGGAAGAUUGAAGGAGUACCAAAAGUAUUGCGAGUAUGUGUCUCAGCUACCACACUUCAAGAAUUUCCCUCCAACCCUGAUUGAGUACGUCGAAAGUGGAAUGAAGAGUGAAGAACCCAAAAUUACAACAACCAGCAAUUCACCAGCACCUAAUAUUGGUGAAGGUAUCAGAAACCUUUCAGCGCCUGGGUCAAGCACAACAACAACCCCAGUGAAGUCAACGAUAGGAUCUGGAAUUCCAUCGAGGCCCUCCAUUGCAAUGGCCACCAACAUCGACACUCUUCUUGUUGCAACUGAAAAGGAAGAUAAAAUAAUUGCCCCUCCAGAAGCUAUGCAGGAUAAAAUUGCAUUUAUCUUCAACAACCUGAGUCAGCUGAAUCUGCAAUCAAAGUGUGAUGAUUUGAAAGACAUAAUUACGGAAGAAUACUGGCCUUGGAUAGCUCAGUAUUUGGUGAUGAAGCGAGCUAGCAUUGAAUUCAACUUCCAUGCUCUCUAUUCAAAUUUCCUUGAUGUCCUGAAAGUGCCAGAGCUGAACAAAAUGGUCGUGAGAGAGACCUUCAGAAACAUUAAAGUCCUGCUGCAUAGUGAUAAAGGCAUUGCCAACUUUUCGGACCGAUCUCUAUUGAAGAACCUUGGACAUUGGCUGGGGAUGCUAACUUUGGCACGCAACAAGCCGAUCCUUCAAAGUGACAUGGAUUUAAAGGCCCUGCUCGCAGAGGCAUACCACAAAGGACAGCAAGAGCUUCUAUACGUGGUCCCCUUUGUUGCAAAAGUUUUGGAGGCUUGUGCAAAGAGCAAAGUGUUCAGAGCUCCAAAUCCAUGGACCAUGGCACUCAUGAAUGUGCUGGCCGAACUCCACCAAGAACCAGACUUAAAACUUAACCUGAAGUUUGAGAUUGAAGUCUUGUGUAAAAACCUAAAUAUUGAUGUUUUUGAGCUGAAGCCCACAGUGUAUCUGAAAGACCAAGAUAAACUGCGCUUGCUUGAAAUUCAACUGUCCCACCCAACAAAGACUGAACCUCAAAUUUCCAUAGGCAGUGUUGUCACAAUUCCAACUCCAACUUCCAAGCCUGUGUCUCAACCACUGACAACAACAAGCGAGGAACUGCCUCAGCAGCUAGUGUCGUCGGCAGCAACAAGCUCAACAGCCAUUACUAGCACAGGAAGCACUGCUACUGCUGGCACACCAACCUUACCAGUAAGCCCACCUGAGCCAAGGUUUGCCUACCAUGACAUUCAAGCCAACAACAUUGCUGCAUUGGCGUCUCACAUUGUUGUGCCCCCUUUGCCAAUUUUCCAAGCUCAACCAAACCUAAAGCAAUACAUCAAGACAUCCAUUGAUCGGGCUGUCCAGGAGUGGAUGGCUCCCGUCCUUGAAAGAUCCAUCAAAAUUGCACUAACAACGUGUGAACAGAUUGUUAAAAAGGACUUUGCCCUUGAUCCGGAUGCAGACAGAGUGAGAACAGCAGCACAUCACAUGGUUCGAAACUUGACUGCUGGAAUGGCUAUGAUUACAUGCAGAGAUAGUCUUCUAAUGGCAAUCAAUACUAAUCUGAAGACUGCUUUCGGAACACAGAUUCUGGGAGCCAGCGCAACUCACAAGGAGCUUGCUGAACAGGCUGCUAGCGUGGUUGCCCAAGAAAACAUAGAACUUGCCUGCGCCUUCAUCCAGAAAACUGCCAUCGAGAAGGCGAUUCUCGAAAUUGACAAAAGACUCUUAAAUGAACUUGAAAUGCGCAAACUUGCCCAGAAUGAGGGAAGACGAUACUGUGACUCCUUGGCCCUCAAAUACCAGGCUGAAAGAAUGCCAGAACAAAUACGCCUCAAGGUUGGAAUGGUCACUCAACAACAGAUGGCUGUUUACGAAGAAUUCGUCCGAAACAUUCCUGGCUUCCAACCACUGAAUGACUGUGACGUUACUUCCAUGACUUUGAUGCCACCCUUAACCUAUGGAACAGAAAACGUUGUUUCGCCCAUGGUUUCUCGAACGACCGAACAAAUUGCUGUUGACGCGCUUGGCCCCCAGUUUGAAAAAGUCAGAGUUGACUUGGAGCAGUGGAUGCAAUCCGGCUUCAUUGGGCUCAGCAAUACACAUGCCAGUCAACUGCACUCUCUUCAUGACAACAUGCUCUUAGUGAGAAACUCUCGAGACCCCACUUUUGCCAACUCGCUUGUCCAGCGUGCCUUGGAAAACCUGCAUGAAUAUACACAGGCGCAAGGCCUGGAGCAGGAUGCGACUAACAGGUUCCGUGACUUUAAUCUGUGCAUCCUGAAGGCGAUGCAAGAUCCAGCCGCAUUCGGCACUCAGUGGACCAAUAAGCAGAUUGCUAGAAGCUUGCUUGAGGGCCGCGAAGAUGUUCGCUACAGUGUGGACGUUGUUAGCCUGCUUGUGCAUGCGCAUCUGCUCAACAUAGCCCAGCUGGAUACCCCUAUUGCCCAGGCAAUGGACAACGGAAGCAACUUCCUAGCCGUGUCCUUUGGGAUGCAGCUGGUGCAGCUUUACCUCAUUGACGAACGCAGCGUUUCUGUCACGGAGAGUGACCUGUACAACACAAUUGAGAUGCUUUUUAGGAUCAACCUUUCAGGGCGACAAGUGCCUGACGGCCUCAGCUCCAUGAUCGAGACUCUCAGAGCUAAUCAGGAUCACAACCUUUUCUCCGAUCGGGCAACAGGUGGUCCCACUGCUCACAUCCAUUCUGGAAUUCUUCAGGCGAGAGAAUAUGACGACCCUCAAGGUCUGCUGGAGAAGACUGAGUACCUCCUGCGAGAAUGGGUUAACAUCUAUCACUCACCAACUGCCAGCCGUGAUCCCACCAAGGCUUUCAGUGUUUUUGUUCAUCAAAUGAAUGUCCAUGGUAUUCUAAAGACAGAUGAUCUGAUCACACGAUUCUUCCGUCUGAGCACACAGAUGUGCGUUGAUUUGUGUUAUCGUGCUCUCGCUGAACAGAGCAGCUCAUCUCCAGUCUUAGUGCGUACCAAAUGUUUCCACACAUUGGAUGCUUUUGUUCGGCUCAUUGCUCUGCUUGUCAAACACUCUGGCGACGCUUCUAACACUGCCACUAAAGUCAAUCUACUCAACAAGGUCCUGGGCAUUGUUGCUGGCGUUUUGUUGCAAGACCAUGAAGUCCAUCUGAUCGAGUUCCAACAGUUGCCAUAUCAUCGGAUUUUUGUCAUUCUUUUCCUUGAGCUCAACACACCAGAGCCUGUAUUGGAGGUUAUCAACUUCCAAGUGCUGACCGCAUUUUGUCACACUCUGCACAUCCUCAGACCAACUCACGCUCCUGGAUUUGCGUAUGCAUGGCUCGAGCUAGUUUCUCACAGAGUCUUCAUUGGCAGAAUGCUUGCCAUUACUCCUCAGCAGAAGGGUUGGGGAAUGUAUGCUCAGCUGCUGAUUGACCUCUUCAAAUUCCUUGCGCCGUUCCUACGCAAUGCUGAGUUGUCAAAGCCUGUAGCUCUUUUCUACAAGGGAACUCUCAGAGUUCUAUUGGUUUUGUUGCAUGACUUCCCUGAAUUCCUGUGCGACUACCACUACAGUUUUUGCGACGUCAUUCCUCCUAACUGCAUUCAGAUGAGGAACUUGAUUCUGUCAGCAUUCCCAAGGAACAUGCGUUUGCCUGAUCCAUUCACCCCUAACCUGAAGGUGGACAUGCUCCCUGAGAUCAACCAUGCGCCCAGAGUGCUUUCCAAUAUUGCCUCGCUAAUUCAGCCGAUCUCUUUCAAGAAGGAUUUGGACUCGUACUUAAAAGCCAGGGCACCUGUCACAUUCCUCUCUGAGCUCAGAAGUCACCUACAGAUAAGCAACGAACCCGGCCUUCGAUACUUUAUCAAGCUGAUGAACGCCCUGGUACUAUACGUUGGAACCCAAGCCAUUGCGCACAUUCGCUCCAAGAACCUACAGCCAAACAUGACCACAAUUGCACACUCGGCACAUAUGGACAUUUUCCAAAACUUGGCUGUCGACCUUGACACUGAAGGUCGAUAUCUCUUCUUGAAUGCAAUUGCAAACCAGUUGCGGUACCCAAACAGCCACACUCACUACUUCAGUUGCACGUUGUUGUACCUGUUUGCUGAAGCAAAUUCCGAAGCAAUUCAGGAGCAAAUUACUCGUGUGCUGCUCGAGAGGCUCAUCGUAAACCGACCUCAUCCGUGGGGCUUGCUCAUCACCUUCAUCGAACUCAUCAAGAAUCCGGUGUACAAGUUUUGGAAUCAUGAGUUUGUGCACUGCGCCCCAGAAAUUGAGAAAUUGUUCGAGUCAGUCGCUCGGUCCUGCAUGGUGCAGAAAGUUCAGCAGAACUCCGAGAUUGAGAUUACUGGAGAGUAAUAACUAUAAAUAUGCAAACAUGAUCUUCUCUCAACAUGAGUCAAAUCAUUUUCAAAAAAUCGUUUAUGCGCCACGAGAGUGGGGAUCUUAAGAUGAAGCAUUUUGUGGUUACAUUUACUUUUUUUAUUUGGAUUAAAUAAACCACUGGUAGAAUGUAGUUUUGAUUUUUUGUAAGCCUUAGUGUUCCCAAGUACUCUUUCAUCUGGUACUUGAACAACAAAAAGCAGAAUCUUAGCAAUGUACAAAAGAUGAAUAUUUACAGGACAGCAUGUGUGCUUUCAUUUGACUAUGUGAUUAUGAGAGGGAAUUUCAUACACAAAAUGAAGCAGGAAAUAUUUUUUAUUGGUUGAAGAAAGUAACAAGGAAUGUUUGUACAUUACAAGAUUUAUAGAGCUAAUUUAGUACUGUCAAGGUGAUAAAUUGAUUUUCACUGCAAAUAGUUUGAUCUUUUGUACGUAUUGAUACAAAAACUCGGUUAAGAUUUAUAAAUAUGUAAUUUAGUGGUAAUAAAAAGAAAACUUCAAAUUGG